CGGAGGGCCCAGGCGGGCGGCGGCCGGGGGAAGGUUCCGGGCCGCGGGGCUCCGUCUCCGGCCCUCCCCGAGCCCCCAGGCCUCGCUGCGAGGAGCCGGGGCCGGCAGCAGCCGAGGGCCGGGCGGAGGCCUCGUCCCACCGGGGCUCGGCGGCACCGAGGGCCCGGCAGCGGCGGCAGCAGCACCGCGGCCUGCGAGGUUGACCUGGCCUCCCUCCGCCCGGCCCGCGACGGCCGGGGACGGGGAAUCGCAGCGCAUUUGCGUUAGUGUUUCCCGUGUCGUUUUCACGACUUUUUAGUUAACCGUGCUCAGAAAGUACGCUCCUCCUCUCACACGCCUUCCUGUUGUAAAUGUAUGCUGCGAAUAACCAAAUCAGCAGCAAACGCGGCGUGCCAGGGCCUGGCGCGAAUAUUUGCCUCUUCCUUCAUCGGCUCUUUUGGGCUUCAAUAAGCAAAGCCCUGGUCUGUCACAACAGAAGAUAUCCUGCAUUGCAGUAAUUAUCGGUUUGUUCGAGGACUCAGCACAGAAGAUUAUGUGACAUGGUUGAAGGAGUACUGUGAAGCCUUUUCCAGUGAUCUGACUAAAAAUCCUGGAACCCAUUCCAGUUUCACGUACAGCGUGUGCUUUUGGAGUAAAUGAACACACUACAAGUAGCCUACAAACUCAUGCAGGGGAUCUGUUGAAAUACCUGAAGGAGAAAAGACAGCUGCUUUGUGUGUUGUGGGAAUAACAAUGACAGACCUUUAUCCAGACUGAGUCUUGGAAUUUCGUCUUUGGACAAGCUGCUUUGACAGAAGGCGAUCUGGUGGUGGUGGCUCCCGGAUGAGGCCAGGGACAGUGUGACGGUCGUCGGGACAGCCACGGCGGUUCUUUGUCCACUUCGGAGAGCCGAGGCCGCGGUCUGCUGCCAGCUCCGUGCGUUAGCUCCGCAGGGGAAGAGCCGCCCGCCAGACGUGAACGUCGCCCUGACAGGAGCUGCUGCACAAAUCGAGCGCGCUUCUGGAGGGAAAAAUCACAGUUUGUUUUGUGCUUAAUGAGGUAUUUACCGGGAAGCAAAGCAAGUUAAAAAUAGGGUGACAGUGACUUCAAAGAGAGCGCCUGACGUCUAAGAACGACACCUCUGCCAGCACUGGGUUUGGGAAUAUCAGCUGUGCCUGCACGCCAGAGCUGGAGCAGGCGUUUUGGCCGGCCCCGUAGGCGAGGCAGCGAAGCGCCGGCCUGGCAGGCGGCCCGGCAGAGGAGGAGUGUCUGGAGAGGGGACAUCGGCAUCGCGGCGAGGGACAGCGGCGAGCGGGGCCGUGCCGCGCCGGGGUGGCACCAUGGGGACCCCGUCCCCGCGGGCCGUGCUGCUGCUCGCCGUGCUGGCGGCGCUCCGCGCUCCCCCCGCGGCGCAGGGGCGGCCGAACUUCCUUGUCAUCCUGGCGGACGAUCUGGGCUGGGGGGACCUCGGGGCCAACUGGGCCGAGACGAAGGAGACGCCGAAUUUGGAUGAGCUGGCUGCCGAAGGGACGAGGUUCGUGGAUUUCCACUCGGCCGCCUCCACCUGCUCCCCGUCCCGCGCCUCGCUGCUCACGGGGCGCCUCGGGGCGCGCAACGGGGUGACCCACAACUUCGCCGUCACCUCGGCGGGCGGCCUGCCCCUCAACGAGACCACGCUGGCGGAGGUGCUGCGGGCGGCGGGGUACAGCACGGGGGCGAUAGGCAAAUGGCACCUGGGGCACCACGGCCGCCACCACCCCACUUCCCGCGGCUUCGACUAUUACUUCGGGAUCCCCUACAGCCACGACAUGGGCUGCACGGACACCCCCGGCUACAACGUGCCGCCAUGCCCGCCCUGCCCGCGGCACGGCGCCGCCACCAGCCCCGCCGACAAGGAGUGCUACACGGACGUGGCCCUUCCUCUCUUGGAGAACCUCACCAUCGUCCAGCAGCCCGUCAACCUCAGCAGCCUGACGGAGCGCUACGCGGAGGCGGCGGCGCGCUUCGUCCGGCGGGCAAGUGACAGCGGGCGCCCCUUCUUCCUCUACGCGGCGCUGGCCCACAUGCACGUGCCGCUGGAGGUGACCGCGCCGCCGGGCAGGACGGUCUACGGAGCCGCCCUGCGCGAGAUGGACGCCUUGGUGGGGCGGCUGCGGCGCCUCGCCGGCCCCGACACGCUGCUGUGGUUCACAGGUGACAACGGCCCUUGGGCGCAGAAGUGCGAGCUGGCGGGACGGCUGGGGCCGUUGGUGGGGGCCUGGCAGAGGACACGAGGUGGGAGCCCGGCCAAGCAGACGACGUGGGAAGGAGGGCACCGCGUCCCGGCGCUGGCGUAUUGGCCCGGCCGCGUCCCCGCCGCGCGGAGCAGCCGCGCCGUGCUGAGCACCCUGGACAUCUUCCCCACGCUGGUGGCCCUGGCUGGAGCGACGCUUCCCCCAAACCGGCGUUUUGACGGCUUGGACGUGUCCCCGGUUCUCUUUGGGCAGUCGGACGUGGGGCACAAGAUUCUGCUUCACCCCAACAGUGGGGCAGCUGGGAAGGACGGAGAGAUCGAGGCGCUGCGGCUGGCUCAGUACAAGGCGUUCUACACCACAGGAGGGGCGAAGGCUUGCGACGGAAGCGUUGGGCCAGAAGAGCGUCACCAGCCACCCCUCAUUUUCAAUCUGGAUCGUGAUAUCCAGGAACAGGAGCCUCUGGAUGUGGCAUCCGCAGAGUACCAGGCAGUGCUACCUGCAAUCAGCCGGGCUUACGCGCAGGCUCUGGAGGAUAUUGCAACAGACAACGUCUCGGUUGCAGAUUACUCCCGAGAUCCAGCAGCGAGGCCGUGCUGCAACGCGCAGCACGUGGCUUGCCGAUGCCAAGCACCUCCCGCAGCCUCGCUGGACCACAGCACCGAGAGAAGAGCAACGCGGCUUUGUCUUUAAGCAAAUAAUUGCCCGAGCUGCUCCUUUUCCGAUUCUGGUUUUGUGAAUUUGACUGUUGUUCCUACUGGCUCCAGGCUUGCGGUUGGCCAGAGGGCAGGGACGGAGGCUGCGGCUCGCUUUGCUCCGUGCCGUGCAGCAGUGUGGGUGAGUUAGUCGCGGGUCUGGGGGAGCAGGCGGAGGGGUCCCCUUGGGUGCAGCUCUGCACAGAGCAGGACUGUCCCCCCGGCUGCAGGAUUCCCCUGUGGCUGGAGGAGCAGGUCACUGCAGUACCUGGUGGCUCUGCGCACAAAAAGGCUUUUGGUGGGGCCCUUCGGAUGAGAAAACGUAAUAUUUUUUCAUUAAAACUGCCAUCUG